CCCCGAGGACCGUGAAUGCAGCACGAUCCCAGGAGUACGCACUGUGCGUCUGACGUCACGUUUAGCGGCGUCUCCAGGAGAGAAUCCAGCAAGAUGGGAUUGCUGUCCAUCCUUCGUAAGCUAAAAAGCACUCCGGACCAGGAGGUUCGGAUACUGCUGCUGGGUCUGGACAACGGGGGGAAGACCACGCUUCUCAAGCAGCUGGCUUCAGAGGACAUCAGCCACAUCACCCCCACACAGGGAUUCAACAUUAAGAGCGUACAGUCUCAGGGGUUUAAGCUGAACGUUUGGGACAUCGGAGGCCAGCGGAAGAUCAGGCCGUACUGGAGGAACUACUUUGAAAACACUGAUGUGCUGAUUUACGUUAUUGACAGUGCUGACAGAAAGAGGUUUGAGGAAACGGGGCAGGAGCUGGCGGAGCUGUUGGACGAGGAGAAGCUGAGCGGCGUUCCUGUGCUGAUCUUUGCAAACAAGCAGGACCUGCUGACGGCGGCUCCAGCCUCGGAGAUCGCAGAGGGACUCAAUCUGCACACCAUCCGCGAUCGGAUGUGGCAGAUCCAGUCCUGCUCCGCUCUCACCGGAGAGGGGAUUCAGGAGGGCAUGAAUUGGGUUUGCAAAAGCGUCAACUCCAAGAAGAAAUAGCAUCUCUUUCACUCCUUCACGACUCAGGAUGUGCAGCAGCAGCGUGCGAAACACACACUGACACACACGACACGUCCUGAGCCUCAGUACGGUGGGAUUUACCUGUGAAUGUACACGCACUACUAAUCCGACGUGGACGUUUUCUAACCCCUCCCCCCCCAAAGCAUCGCCACAUCGCUGAUGCGUACGAAUCUCCGCGCGUCGUCUGGCUUCCAUGAAGAAGAGAGGCGUUAGCCUUCAAAAGGGAUCGACCAGCACCACCCGUGUGAUUCUUACUGUCGUCUAUUUGAAGCGUUUCCAUUUAUCUGCUGCUUCUUCUUGCAGGAUCUUCCAGCACAUCUCCAUCUCAUUCUUAUGUAUUCUUGGUUUUUUUUUUGUUUUGUUUUUGUUUUAAUCAUUCCACGGCAGCUCCCAGCCCAUUUCCUGCUACUGCUCUGUUUGAAGUGAGGUAUAUUUUUGUAACUGUUUUAUUUAUGGUGAUGUAGAACGAGAGAAUUGCCUGGACUCUCCCCUUUAAAAAUGAUACUGUGUUAAUAUGUACAAAAAGACGAAUAAAUUAAUGUGCAAGGAACACUACAUUUUUGGAUCAGUUGUAUAUAAAUCGGCCCUUUUUUGUCAUGUUGUAGAGUAUUCUGCAUCCUGCUGUACCGUGUAGUCUAUAAUGUUUGCAUUUCUAACAUGGCAGAGAUAAAUGUACUGUCUGGUUCGGUGCGUUUCUAUGUACUCCUUGGGUUAGUGAGGGAAUUCACUGUUUUAGCAUUUUCUUUUUGUUAUUCCUGAAUGUAAUCUGUCCGGUUUGAAAGAAAAUGUACGUGGAUGUAAAAGAAAAAUUAAAGAGGUUUGAACAGUUGGCAGAA